AUGAUUUCAUCUAAGCUGCUACUUCUCACAGCACUUUCUUGUGCUGUUCCCUCUCUGGCCGCGCAAAAGGUUAUCUUGUAUUCUAAAGAGCCAUGCACCGGCAUAGCUGAAGCCAUUGAACCGAAUAACAAAUGCACGGUCGUUCCUGCCACUCUGAAGGGCAAAGUGAGCGGUGCCAAGGUCCCAGAAGAUAUUGUGUGUAACUUUUAUAAUGAUGAAAAGUGUGAAGACCCACUGUGGUACUCAAUGGAAGAUCCAGGAGUCUGCAGCUUUAGUGAGCUGGAAAUCAAGGACAAAGCGGUUGCUGUCUUGUGCUACGACAGUACCAAAAUUUGA